AUAAAAGUAAAACAGAAGCAAAGUCUCAGACUGCUGCUGUCGUCCACGGCGCUCCUUCCUGAGCCUCAGUCUUAGUGAAGUUUUUACUUUUUACCUUUAAUUUUCAAUUUCGCUUUUAUCUUAACAAAUUCAGAUAAAAAGGAUAAAAUGAAGCGAGCAAUUUUGUUGCUCGUUUGCAUGGCGAGUGUCUUCGUCUUGCAUUUAGAAGCAUCUGCUGUGAAUUCAAGCAAAUUCAUUUUCAUUGCUCCGCGCACUUUGACAAUGGGAAAAGAAGAACAAUUUUCGCUGCAUGUUUUGGAAAACCCUCAAAACUUGGAUUUCAAAAUACGGCUAGUUCGGUCGCAAAUAACUACACAGAUCAUACCUCGCGCUGAACCCAAAGUUCACAAUUUUGACUUCUACGUGGGAAUAACCGACGACUCCACAGCAAUUUUGGAAAUUGUGGCUGGUAACAGUGACGAUGCGCAAACUUUUCGCUCCAACGUAACAAUUACGAGAGAGCGAAAAUUGAUUUUUAUAGAAACAAACCAGCUAAUUUACAAACCAGGAGAGCUUGUCCGCUUCCGAAUUCUACUCUUGGAAAUCGUCAAACUGCUUCCAGUUGCAGAACGGUUGUCAGAAGUUUUCAUAGAGGAUCCUGAUUUCAACAAAGUGGCCCGAUGGGAAAAUGUUCAGUUGAACAACGGAUUUGCUGAGCUCGAGUUUCAGCUGAAAGAGAACAUUAUUGAAGAGGGCUUCUGGGAUAUACAAAUUCGAACUAGUGAAGAGUCACAUGGCGCUAUCAUCAAGCAUUUUGAAGUCAGAAAGAAAGUUUUGCCUAAGAAAUUUAAAAUAACUUUGGAACCGCCUACUAUUAUUAAAGCAAGUGACAUUAAAGACACAACGUGGAAAGUUUGUGCAAGGAACGUUUUUGGAGGGCCUGUCCGAGGUGAUGCCACGAUUGUUUUUAGUGUCAUGAAACCUAUACGAGGGAGUGGAAGAAAUUCUGGUGGUACAUUGAGCACCGUACUUGAAAAUACCACUAAACAGCUAAGAAACGAGGACGGAUGUUACGAUUUUGUCCUGGUGAAGGAUCUGUGGAAGGAUAGCGAAAUUGUCGAAAAGGGUGGAAUCAUCGCAAAAGUAUAUGUGGAAGAAAAAAGCUCUGGGCACAAACAAUCUAUCAAAGAAAUCACAAGAUAUUUUGAUUUUAACAAGAUACAAAUGAAAUUCAACCGCUUGCCUAAAUACUACUACCCUUUCAUCCCCUACCAUGGAGAAGUGCUGUUGAGCCAAGGUGGAGAGCCUCUGCCAAACAGGAGCGUGGAGCUCAAAUCCUUUCGACAGGGGGAUGUGGGGAAGAUUAUUGCCGUCACAGACCAGGCAGGCCGAUUGCCAUUCACAAUCUACACGGGAAAAUCGACCGAUGAAAUUAGUUUCAGGGCCAAGUUAAUGGAUGAGAGUGAAGACAAAAAUGAUCAUAUUCAAUUCAGCGAUCACUUGGUGACUCCUUGGUUCUCAAAGACCAACUCUUACAUCUCAAUUUCCUCUCCUGACGAGGUGGCUUGCGACGGAACGGUUUCAGCAGAAAUAUCCUACACGUUUCCCAAUAUAACUGAGAAUUCUGACAUUCAAUUCGAGUACUUGGUUCAAUCGGUUGGAGAUUUAGUUCACAUAGGCCGUCAAAACGUGAAAGUGAAAAGCGAAUCAUUGAACUCUGAUUCCUGGCCGAACAUCAUAUCCAAGGCUGAUGUAUCUGCAGAGGAGCAACUUUUGAUUGGAAAGUGGACGUUGAACCUCAAAAUUGAACCGCAUUGGUCACCUCUGAUAAAAAUUGUCAUUUACUACUUGCGUGAUGGCAAAGAAAUCGUAUCUUCAAACAAGAAUAUAGAGGUCAAGGGUGGAUGCUUCAGAAACGCAGUUAGCUCGAGAUUCACGGUGAAAAAGGCUAAGCCUGGCCAAAAUGUGACUCUUUCUGUCACCACCAGUUCCAAGUCACUCUGUGCGUUUUCAGGAAUUGAUAAGGCCUUUGUAGAUCCAAACACAGCAUUGACAGUCGAUCAGAUUCGCAGCGGCCUUAAAUACUACGACGUUAAACCUAAUUUUUUCAGUGCUUGGGAUUACAAGACGGAAGAUUGUAAACCAGAGAUAAAGAAACACACACCAUCUAUAAUAAGCAAGAGGUCUAUCCGGAGAGGUACCUUUGAUGUUGCUUUUGGAAACGCCAAAAAGGCCUUUGAAGACGGCGGAUUUGUGAUUCUGAGCACUCUGGACCACAACAUCAAACCAUGUCGAUACGGCGAGCCCAAAGAAAUAUGCGACAUCUGCCCCACCAAGGAUUCAAAUAGUUUUUUCACCGAAGACGAUUCAGCAGGCGAGAGCCUAGAAGACACAGCGAUUUUGGGUAACUUUGCUCGACCUCCACUCACUCCCACUCUUGGGCCAGCUGAAGAUAUCAUUGUGGCAACUGAUGUAUCAAAUUCUCCACAGACGUGGCUUUGGCAAUUAGAAGAGAUUAAUGGGAAUACUACUAAGAAUUUGGAGCUUGAGACGCCUCGUUCAGUCACCAACUGGAUUCUGAACACGAUUUGCGUAUCCAGCACAGAGGGAUUAGGCAUUGCACCUGAAACUUCGCUUCCCGUCAUCAAUUGACGUACAUUAAAACAAACUAAAAUUUAAAAAAAAAUAUUUUUUUUAUAAUUCCAAACUCUAUAAUUUGAAAAUUAUUUAAUGUAAUCUUUGGUGUAAGAACAAUAAAGUUCAUUUCCAAACUUUUCUA